AGCUAGUCGAUCUUCGCAACAUAGGAACCUUUUCUAGCUAGCUAGCAGGAAAAAGACCACCAUGGCGGUGCUAGCCAAGUGCCUCCUUCUGUUCUCUCUCUCCGCGGCGCUCUUCUCUCUGCUCGGCACCGGCGCCUCCGCCAUGGGCCUGCCCCAGCCUCAUGUGCCGGUGAACUUCACCAUCGGCGUACAGGGCAUGGUCUGGUGCAAGACCUGCAGGUACAUCGGCUACAACGCCGCCAUGGACGCCUCCCCGCUCCAAGGCGCGGAGGUGUACCUGCAGUGCCGGCACGGCCCGCGGCGGCUGAAGAAGUUGCCAGGGACAUCGGGGCAGGGCGGCUACUUCGUCAUCCAGUCGGCGCACAUGGCGUCCUUCACCAACGACGAGUGCAUGGUGUACGCAGAGAGCUCAUCGUCGACCGCGUGUGGCCUCGUCGACGAACCCGCCGCCGGCGAGGGGCUGCCGCUCAAGUUCGACUCCUUCGUCAAGCACGGCGACGGCCUGCAGGCGCUCUACUCCGUCGGCAACUUUUUCUUCCGCCCCAGCAACCCCAACAAGUGCUAGUGACGCAUCCAUCCGUCAUGCACGUACUUGUGGGACUUGAAUAAAUGGGUCAGGAACUCAGGAUGAAUUAGCUGUUGGAGUAACUGGGGAUAUGCAUCCGGUGCUGUAAUGUUAAUUUAAGUUUCUUCUGUUGUUGCA